UGAGGCUGAAAAACGUUGUGUCGUGGUCGCGUUUGUCCAGCUGUACACUUCAGUCAUUGGUCGAAGUCUACGUCAGUUAAAGCUUCCUAGCGAUGCUAUUGGCUCGGAUGAACACACGCCCCGCCCCACCUCUCCAUUCACCUGAUUUAUCCACACUGACCUGUGAUACCUCUCCUUGGGAAAGUCAUAAAGGGCUGCAGGGAUGGUUGUGAGUACAAGCACACAGCACGCACACACACACAUGAAAACACAAUCUGCAUCCAAACAGAAGCCAAAACUCUGAGAUGCGUCAUAUUGCAGAGAUGUGAUAGACACCCCGCACCCACAUAUAAAGUCAUGGCAGUAUACAGUAAUAUAAUGCAUUCACACAACUGUUCUCACACUUGCUGUUUAACUACAGACAAAAGGAGGCACUCCACUUUCAUUCUUUUCCCCCACUUUCCUUCUCCCCACUGCUGUUACACAACACCUCCCUCCCUCUUCUCUCUCUCCUUCAGUCCCCUUUUGCUAUAAAUUUCACCCUCCAUCUUUGCUAUUGAAUCAUAAAUCAUAAAUCCCCUUCCUCUCUCUCUUGCUCCCCCUUUUUAUUACACAAUAGCCCAGACUUUAUGUCAGAGGGCAGUCAUGUUUAAUAUGUGUGUGUAUGUGUGUGAGUGUGUAUCUCCUACCCCAGCCUUUCCUGUGGCCCUGGGUCCCCACCCCACUCACAGACACACACACAUUCACAUAAAUAUGCACACACUGGAACAUAUGACACACCCUCACAUGCACACGAACAGGAAGUGGCACGUUAGCGCACACAUAUGCACCCAAAGGUACAGUAUUGCCUCUUUUAUUUUCUGCACAAACUCAGUAUUCCUGCACGCACAAAUGCUUAUGGUCCGAGGUCCUGUUAACACUCGCCACCGAGGUGUUGUUAACACCCGCAAUAAGCAACAGGCCCACAGUAUGUGCAGUUUUAACACUGACUUUGGUGAACAUGGAAAUAUAUUCCUGCUACACAUUUGUUCCAGAAACCUCUAAGAAAACAAGAGGUCAGAUAUUUCUACCUCGCUCCUCUAAUGAUUCCCUCUUGUGUGUUUUACACCGUGGCCCUCACAUGUUCAGACUCUGGGCCUCUUGCUUAACAUGUUUGAAAAACGGUGCAAAAAAAGUCUUGUAGUAUUUGUACAAGGGGAUUUAUUGUAGGAGAAGUUGAAUUAUUGUUACCACUUCAUUGCAAGUAAAACUAAUGCAGUGUCAGUCUGCAUAUCCAUGACCAUUAUUCACCUUGAUUAUGAAAGAAGAACAUUUUCCAAGUGGUACGUCAUUGUGCAGAACAUCUAUCACUGUUGUUUGAAUGGCAAAAUGAUCAUGAAAGUCUAGUUUGAGGUCUCAGCUCAAAGUCCACUUACUCACUUUCUGAGGCUUUUGACCAUCAGACAAUCUUCAUCAGUAAAGGGAGUUUUCUCAAUUAUCAGAUAUUCAAGCUCCAAACAUCAGUGCUGGAUAAGACAAUGUGAUGAGACUUUUUAAAUGGACCUUGAGUCUUCAACUGUUGUUUCCAAGGUCAUCAAUGAACUAACAUGUUCAACAGUUGACUCCAUCUGCUGCUAAAGACCAUGUGAUUUGGUCAAAAAGGUCCAGAAUAAGCAAACACAUGGACCUUGAGCUGAGAUUGUUUUUUUUUUAAUCACAAAACUAAUUCUUCACAUACAGAUGACCAACUGAACCGCCUUCAAUGGAAAGAGAUCACACUCAAAAAGAAUUGGAUUUUUGUCAGACGGUAACCACAUCCCCAUGCUGUAUAUAACUCAGCCAAUAUUGAUUCAAAUAAGUGUAUUUCACAAAAUCUUGAACUAUGGCUUUAACAUGCACAGGCAUAAAUGUAUGUUGAACAUUAUGGAAAGCUAUUAACACAAGAAUCACUGGCAGCAGUGUAGCAUAUGAUGCUAUCUGGAGGGGAAGUAGCAGGUUUUCCCUCAGGCUGCAAGUUAUUUAGAGGACCUUGAGGAAGAACAGUGUCUUGCAUUGUAUGUGUGUGUGUGUGCACUUGCAUGUGUAUGUUAUGGGUGUGUUUCCGUUGCUCGAGGACUUCCAGGGUUCCAGAGAUAAUGUGGAAUUCAUAAGAGGAAUGCAGCAUAGGGGUUCCUUCCUGUCACCUGACUCCAUCACUUCCUGCGUUGGGCUUCCUCCAUCUGAACCUCCAAGGACAAGGGUGAGGCUGCAUCUCGACAGCGGUGGAGGUUCUCUUUCAAAAUUUGGUGUCUCUGAGGUGAUGGAGGAGCUUUGGAUGAGACCCCCCCCCACCCCCACCCCAUCCCAGGUCUAACGCAGAUAAGGACACAGCUGAUUGCUAAACACAAGUGAGGCAAGUGCUCAAAAUUAUGAAAAGGUUUUGAAACAAAGCAGUUGAAAUGCUGCCACCCGACCGCUAAUGAUAGUCAUUGGAAAAUUAAGUAGAGCAAAUGAAUGUGGGCAAGGGAUCAAAUAAAACAGAUUAGACAAAGAAACAUGCGAGAGAGAAGAAUGGCCAAUAAAACAGGGAAGGGACAGAUGUAGAGGAACAAUAAAAGGGGGUAAUAAAGUGAGAGAAAGAAGGAGAAUGAGAAAGAGAGAGGUGAUGGCAGGAUCCAUAUGGGGCCUCCUAGUUUUUGGGCAGCAAUGGGAGACAUGCCAGGUAAUGGCUUCCAGACACACACACACACACACACACACACACACACACACACUAAUUUGAUUUGGAAAUCUGACAGGACAAGGAGACUGAGUGUACGUGGACGUGUGUGUAUAUACCAGGGGGCUUUUCUUUCACAUACUCAAGAGGUCUGACUUCCUCUGCCCAUUGGGAGUGGGGCCGGCUAGUCUCAGUGUGUGUGUGUGUGUGUGUGUGUGUUACAAGCACUGGGGGUUAAUGUAUGCUUUCAAUCACAGCUCUACUGGGGAGAAAUCAGAUCCCUGCAGGGUCGAUAUGGAUUCUAAGACCCACACACACAAAUCUACAAGCGCACAGGACAUAAGAAAACAUUUACAGAUAUCAGGCAAGAGAAAAGUUAGAAAGUUGUGCAUAAACGUUAUGAAAAGGUAAAGGGAGUAGCUGCAGUAUGAAAUGAGGUGAAGACAAAGACGUGGAGGAAGACAAGGAGGACAUAGAUGUAAGACAAAGCAACAGCAUGUGAAGAGAAAAUGGCAUGAAUGAGAGAGAAAUGAAGAGAGAACAAGAUGAAAAGAGAGGCAAAGAUGAAGACAGGAAGAGCUAAUUAAACAGAGGAAGGAUAGAUAUGGAGGAGUGGAAGGGGAGAGACAGGGCAAGAUGACUUCACUGGGAUGCACCGCCUGCUCAAGAUUACUCCACCCUCAUCCACACAGCAGUCUCCCAGUGAGAGCGGAGAGACGGUGAGCUCGGCUGCAGGGAGACAGAACUACAAAUCCAACUCAGAACUCCAUUAAGAAAAACAAGGAUUUUUUUUAAUGAAGAAGAGAAUAAUAAUCCUCUUCCUUGACGUUGCCGCUCGUCUCUCUGUCCAUCACUUUUCAUUGUGAUCUCCUCGGAUUUGGGAAUUCCAGUUUUUUGGAAAUCUGCCUGCAAGUCAGCUGAGAAAGUCUUACAUUUUCAACCAGGGAUUUCUAGAAAAGCAUCCUCUUGUCUCCAGUCAGUUUCCUCCUCUUUCUUUACCUCUCCAUCUCUUCCCUGGAGGCAGAUUCCAAACUUCGAACUGCCGAAUUCCAGAGUUUGGGAAUACCUCUGGAAAGGCAAAAAGAACAAGGGCAUAGUGUUGCAACUGCAUACAAAGAGACCCUGGCUCCUGUAAAGAUGGCUGACGUGGUGCAGCCAGACACAAACAGCCUGCAGAUACCGGGUGAUAAUUUAUCAGCCCCCUCAUCGCCUGGCACAGCUAGAAAUGACUGCAGCAUCACCCCUCUCACACCCUCACCCUCCCCGAGGGUGGAGCUCAGACCCAGGAUGGCCUGUCCGUUCUCUGUCGUCGUGGCGAUAGAUUUUGGCACGACUUCUAGCGGCUAUGCUUUCAGCUUCACACAGGACUCAGAGGCCAUACACAUGAUGAAGCGCUGGGAGGGUGGUGACCCUGGAGUGGCCAAUCAGAAGAGCCCAACGUGUCUGCUGCUCACUCCUGAUUUGCGGUUUCACAGUUUCGGGUUUGCGGCCCGGGACUUCUACCACGACCUGGACCCGGAGGAGGCCCGGCACUGGCUCUACUUUGAUAAAUUUAAAAUGAAGAUCCACAGCACAAGCGACCUCACCAUGGAGACAGAGCUGGAGGCGGUCAACGGACGGAGGGUCCGGGCCAUCGAGGUGUUUGCUCACGCCCUGCACUUCUUCAGGGAACAUGCACUAAAGGAGGUGAAGGAUCAGUCCUCAUCAGUUCUGGAGGGAGAGGAGAUCAGAUGGGUGAUCACUGUCCCUGCUGUGUGGAGACAACCUGCCAAACAGUUCAUGAGAGAGGCUGCAUACCUGGCCGGUCUGGUGUCUCCUGACUGUCCAGAGCAGCUCCUCAUUGCUCUUGAACCAGAGGCUGCAUCUAUUUACUGCCGCAAGCUCCGCCUCCACCAGGUGAUCGACCUCAGCAUGCAGCCAAUCACAAACGGCCUCGAUCUAGACGGGUCUCGGCCCUUCGACUCCAGCUUCAGACAAGCGAGGGAGCAGUUGAGGCGAUCCAGACACAGCAGGACGUUCCUGGUGGAGAGUGGAACCGGAGAGCUGUGGUCAGAGCUGCAGACUGGUGACAAGUACAUUGUGGCAGACUGCGGAGGAGGAACAGUUGACCUUACUGUCCAUCAGAUUGAACAGCCCCAGGGAACACUUAAAGAGCUCUAUAAGGCCUCAGGCGGCCCAUACGGGGCAGUUGGUGUAGACCUGGCCUUUGAAGCCAUGCUUUGCCAAAUCUUUGGUGACGACUUCAUCCAGAGCUUCAAGGCCAAGCGUCCGGCCGCCUGGGUGGACCUCACUAUUGCAUUCGAGGCGAGGAAGCGGACGGCGGCGCCAGGCAGGGCCAACGCCCUCAACAUCUCCCUGCCCUUCUCUUUCAUCGAUUACUACAAGAGACACAGAGGGCAGAGUGUGGAGGCCGCCCUGAGGAGGAGCAAUAUGAACAUAGUGAAGUGGUCGUCCCAGGGGAUGCUGCGACUGACACAGGAAGCCAUGAACGAGCUCUUCCAGCCAACCAUUGUCAAUAUUGUCAAACACAUUGAGGAGCUGAUGGCGAAGCCAGAGGUGCGCGGUGUACGUUUCCUCUUCCUGGUUGGAGGUUUUGCAGAGUCGCCCAUGCUGCAGAAAGCAGUCCAGAAAGCAAUGGGGCGGACGUGCCGCAUCAUCAUCCCCCAUGACGUUGGUCUGACCAUAUUGAAGGGUGCUGUGCUCUUCGGGCUGGAUCCCACUGUGGUCAGAGUGCGUCGAUGCCCCUUGACCUAUGGCGUUGGCGUGUUGAACCGGUUUGUGGAGGGGCGCCACCCUCGAGAUAAACUCCUUAUCAAAGAUGGCCGCGAGUGGUGCACCGACAUCCUCGACCGUUUCGUCUCUGUCGACCAGUCGGUGGCUCUGGGCGAGGUCGUGAGGCGAAGCUACACACCUGCCCGCCUGGGCCAACGGAAAAUCAUCAUCAACAUCUACUGCAGCACGACAGACGAUGUCACAUACAUCUCCGACCCUGGUGUCAGGAAAUGUGGAACGAUAACUUUAGAUCUACCGGAACCGGUACCGCUACCGGGGGCAGUGGGAGGAGCAGGAGGAGGAGGAGGAGGAGGCCCGGAGAGGAGGGAGAUCAGAGCGACCAUGCAGUUUGGAGACACAGAGAUCAAAGUCACAGCCAUUGAUGUCAUGUCUAACCACUCCGUCCGGGCUUCCAUAGACUUCCUGUCUAACUGAGGAGGAGAAGGAAGUGGAAACAAGGAAUUAAAAACACAGAAAUAACUGAUUUCAAAGAACAAUAAUUUUAGAAAAAGCGGUACUUUGGGAGUGGGCCCAAAAUAUUUUGGGAGGGACAGGAGCUUUGCAUUCGAAGAAGAAACUCACACCUCAUAAUAGAGACAUUUAGACUUUACAUUUAAUCAUCAGAGCAGAAAAAGAUCAUACAAGACAAACAAGCUCUAGAAAAAAUGAUAUUUAACUGAACAGUAGGGUGCCCUCUCAGCACGGAAAAGAAGAAAUAAAUUAGUCAGCCUUCUGGGUUCAGGUGGAGAGUUUGUCAUGUCACACCAUAUAAAUGCUGUCAUUGGCACUUCCUGCUUAGAAGAUAUUGUGUGAAGCCAAAGGCGAGCUGAAGGAUGAAUAUAACUCUUUAGAUAUAAAUCUAAAAUUAAAAGUGCAGUGAGCCAAACAGGUACAAUUGAGUUCUUCAACCUGUCUGAGAAGUAUUUCAACUUAAGUGGACACAGAACAGUUACCUGGAGAGUCUCUACCUAAUGCAGAAAACUACCUAGAGUGAGAUUCACUCAUGUAUGUUCAGCACUAAAUGUUAAGACUGUUGCUUUUUCCCUCAUAUAAUUAACGAUACCUUAUUUAAAUCCUAUUUCAACAUUCAUAUAUCAGACGUUGACCUUACUUCCUGGACUGCAGCUUUGUUUCUCCAAUGUUGUUGUGAUUGUGCACCGCCUAGUGGUGAAAAGACUGAAGCAUCUUGGAAUAUAAAAACUCGGGGUAAAUCAAAACACACCCAAGAGUCACGUAGUAAGAAGGACUGUGGCAUUAUAUAAUUUGAAUGUGUCACUUACAAAAUUUUAUAUUUCAUCCACAUUCAUGUCUAGAAGUUCCAGCAUUCAGGAGGAAACUGUAAAUUUGGUUCAUCAAUAUGAGUGACACCUUUCACAUUAAACACAAUAAUUUGAUUCAUAAUAUACAAUCAUUGAUUAGUGUAGCUUUAAAGUGAGUUCCUGUGGAAAGAAAAUCUAGAUGGGUGGAGGUGUUGCAUUUUUCCACCUGAAGACAUCACCCUGCCACACCAAAGUCAGUAAAUGACCUUUUUGUAAUGUGUAUGCUGUGAUAAACUAUAUCUAUGUUUAUGCAUAAAGUAACAAAAAACCCUAAGGACCACUGUCUCAUGUUCAACGCACUGAAUCUGGUUUGUUUUGACCUGAUCUCUGGUUCAUUGUUUUUCAAGCUGUGCAGGUUGCAGAGGGUUAAAACAACAAAGCCUCAUCCUAAACCUAAUUCUAUGAUACAUGGCCGUACAUUUUUCAAAUACACACAAAUAAAUACACUUGUUUCUGUGCUAUA